GAAACAAAAAUAAAAAUAAACAAAACGCGCGCGCGAGUUUCGACGGUGGUUGAAUUUAAUUCUUUUUGUAACAAAUUAUUUUUUUUCAAAAUUGACCAUCAUGGAUAAAACUAUCGUAAGAGAAUCAGAGAUAUUCAAAACGCUUCAGUCUCUAGCAAGAGCGGAAAUAGUAGAUGACCCCUUUGAAAAAGUUCAAACUUUACGGAACGGCAUAUCUCAGCUAUAUUCCGACUCUCUCGCAAGUAACGACGAAAGAUUUACCUGUUCACUGGUUCAACGUCAUUUACACAACUAUCAAAAUGUACUGAUCGAUCCGGAUUCCGUAAACAAUUACUGUGACGAGGUGAUGCAGCUUCUAGCUGCUGACCAGGAUGAAGCCGACGAUGAGGACCCGGGGAUCUCAGAAACUGCCUUAGGCGACGCUGUAUCCUAUUUGACAGCAGAACGAUUGUGCAAAGGCCAAUUUGAAGAUUGCGCCAGUUGGGAGUUGGAUGAUGUGGCGAUUCAAUCGCUGUUUGAAAGUAAUGCCAAGCAUGAGGGAUAUGAAAUUGUUAAUGUUAAUGAUGAUCACAUGUUUCGCGAGUCAGAGAAGCGCGUAGCAGAACCAGAUGGAGGUUUUAAAACUAAUACAAUGUCAACGAAAACGCCCAAAGAAAACAUUACAUCCCUUCCUGGUAUUAAACGAAUGGACACUGUGAACUUGGAGGAUAUUUCAAAAAGAGUGUUUGCGCCACCAACGAGAAGCUUUUUUACCCCAAAAGUGCCUACAUGUUCCAGCAAUAGUAGCCGAAGUCCCGCAGAUAGUGCCUUCAAUUCCAGAAAUAAUGACAAUGCGAAUGAACAACCGAAGACUGAUGAGAACAAUUUUCGUACAGCCAAAGAUGAACUACAAAUCCAGAAUAUUAAGAAAUAUGGCAAUGCAAACCCUCCAGGAAAAACGCCACUUUUUGCAUAUGGUAAAAAAUCUCUGGGUGGACGUCGUACUUUGGGAGGUAAAUUUGUGUGCCCGGUUCGUAACGAAGGACAAGAUGGAACGAACAGAACUGGCACCAUCACCUCUCCGAGUUCAUCUCGCUACAGCCAGGAGGAUAAACCGGAAGAUGAAGAAAUAGACGAACGUCUUCGCCACAUAGAUCCUAAGAUGGUGGAAUUGAUCCGCAGCGAGAUCAUGGAUCGAUUCACUCCAUUAACUUAAGACAUUGCUGGUCUGGAGUACGCCAAAACUAUCAUUCAGGAAGCAGUCGUCUGGCCCAUACUACGGCCGGAUAUCUUCACGGGAUUGCGUAGACCCCCCAGAGGAAUACUCCUGUUUGGUCCACCGGGAACGGGAAAGACACUGAUCGGAAAGUGCAUCGCUUCGCAAUCCAAAUCGACCUUUUUCAGCAUUAGCGCUUCGUCCCUGACUUCCAAAUGGAUCGGGGAUGGUGAGAAAAUGGUUCGCGCGCUUUUUGCAGUGGCUUCUGUUCAUCAACCGGCCGUCGUUUUCAUAGAUGAAAUAGAUUCGCUUCUUUGUCAGCGGUCGGAAACGGAGCAUGAGAGUUCCCGGAGAUUGAAAACAGAAUUCCUGGUGCAGUUGGAUGGGGCGGCCACGGCAGAGGACGAAAGGAUCCUGAUCGUUGGAGCUACAAAUCGUCCUCAGGAACUCGACGAGGCUGCCCGUCGCCGACUGGUUAAAAGGUUGUACAUUCCAUUGCCGGAACUUCCGGCGAGAGUUCAAAUACUGAGCCGGUUGCUGGGAAGCGAAAAGAACUCCCUUACAAGCACAGAAAUUAACGAUAUCGGACAAAUGACGGAGGGCUUUUCCGGUGCCGACAUGAAAGUUUUGUGCCAUGAAGCUUCGAUGGGACCGAUCCGGUCGAUUCCUUUCGAACAACUUGGACAGAUCGGGAAGGACGAUGUGCGACCUGUGUGCUAUGAGGAUUUCAAGGCAGCUCUGAGUCGCGUACGAGCUAGUGUUUCUCCCAACGAUCUGACGCAGUACGUAAAGUGGGAUCGGCUUUAUGGUUCCGGUGCUUCUAGCUGACUCAGGUCAGGUAAGUGAGGUGGUGGAUGUCACAUAGAAUAAAUCAUGUUACCAGAAA